CCAAAACCCCUCACUCCGCCACUCCGCUAAACCCCGGCCACGAUGGCCACCUCCCCCUCCACCUCCGCCCCGGCGCCCGCGUCCUCCGCCUUUCCCCUUACCACCACCGCGCGCUUCCACCGCUCCUCUGCUUGCCCCGUGCGGGCAUCGGCGGUCGCCGAGCGGCGCCGCACGAGGAGGCGCCGUGCGCCCGAGGGCGGGGGCGCCGGCGGGGACCGGUCUGCGGCCGCUGGGGCGGUGGAGAAGGGCCUGCGCCUGGCCUUCCUGGAGCAGCUGGCGGAGCGCGCGCGGGCCGCCGACGCCGCUGGCGUGGCCGAUACCAUCUAUGACAUGGUCGCCGCGGGGCUCUCCCCUGGCCCGCGCUCCUUCCACGGCCUCGUCGCCGCGCACGUCCUCGCCGGCGACGCCGAAGGAGCCAUGCAAUCUCUUAGAAGGGAACUAAGUUCUGGAGUACGACCUCUGCAUGAAACUUUUGUGGCCCUGGUCCGUAUUUUUGCCAAGAAGGGUCUUUCUACCAGGGGCAUGGAGAUUCUUGCUGCUAUGGAGAGAUAUAAGUAUGAUAUUCGCAAAGCUUGGCUAAUUCUUGUAGAGGAACUAGUCAAGAAUCAUUAUUUGGAGGAUGCCAAUACAGUAUUUCUCAAAGGGGCAAAAGGUGGUUUACGAGGAACUGAUGAAAUUUACGAUCUUCUGAUUGAAGAAGAUUGCAAAGCCGGAGAUCACUCCAAUGCUCUGACAGUCGCGUACCAAAUGGAGGCUUCUGGAAGAAUGGCAACCACAUUCCAUUUUAAUUGCCUUCUCAGUGUGCAGGCUACUUGUGGAAUUCCUGAAGUUGCUUUUGCAACAUUUGAAAACAUGGAAUAUGGAGGUGAAGAGUAUAUGAAACCUGAUACCGAGUCAUAUAACUGGGUUAUACAAGCAUUUACUAGAGCAACAUCUUAUGACAGGGCAGCAGAUGUGGCAGAAUUACUAGGGAUGAUGGUAGAGGACCACAAACGUAUUCAGCCUAAUGCAAGAACUUACGCGUUGUUAGUGGAAUGCUUUACAAAGUACUGUAUGGUUAAUGAAUCAAUCAGGCAUUUUCGUGCCUUACGGAGAAUUCCUGGAGGAACAAAAGUUCUUUACAAUGAAGGAAAUUGUGGUGAUCCACUUUCUCUCUAUCUUCGAUCGUUGUGCCUCGAUGGAAGACCUAUAGAGUUGCUUGACGCAUUGGAAGCAAUGGCUGACGAUAACCAAAGUAUCGCACCCAGAGCAAUGAUCUUAAACAGGAAAUACCGCACAUUGGUAAGCUCCUGGAUAGAACCAUUACAAGAAGAAGCUGAUGUUGGUUUCGAAAUUGAUUAUGUGGCCAGAUAUAUUGAAGAAAGAGGUCUUACAGGAGAGCGCAAACGUUGGGUGCCUCGCCGAGGAAAAACUCCUCUAGAUCCAGAUGAAUUUGGAUUUGCCUAUUCAAAUCCAAUAGAAACAUCUUUUAAACAGAGAUGCUUUGAGGAAUUGAAGUUAUAUCAUCGCAAACUCCUAAUUACAUUGAGGAAUGAAGGUCCUGGUAUUUUGGGUGAUGUAUCUGAAGGCGAUGUACGCAGAGUUGUCGAAAGAUUAAAAAAGUUAGUUGUAGGGCCAAAGAAGAAUGUUGCUAAGCCCAAGGCUGCAAGCAAAAUGGUAGUAUCUGAGUUGAAAACUGAGCUCGAAGCUCAAGGAUUGCCUACUGAUGGAACAAGACAAGUACUCUACCAACGAGUUCAAAAAGCUAGGAGGAUCAAUCGUUCACGUGGUAUACCACUUUGGGUUCCUCCUGUAGAAGAUGAGGAAGAGGUUGAUGAAGGGUUAUAUGAAUUGAUCUCAAGAAUCAAGCCAGAAGAUGGGAACACGGAGUUCUGGAAACGUCGUUUCCUUGGAGAAACUCGAAACUAUCUUUGUGAAGAAGAUAGCAAUGAAGAAGAUCAAGAUUUAGAUGAUGAAUUGGAUGAUGACGAUGAUGAUGAAGAUGAUGACGACGAUGAAUCCACGAAAGAAGCAGAAGAAGAUGAGAUAGACGAUGAAGAGGCUGUUGAACAAACUGAAAACCAAGCCGGUGAUGAGACUAAAGAUAAACCAGCAAAAGGACCCAAUCAACAUCUUCAAAUGAUAGGGGUCCAGUUACUAAAAGAUCUAGAAAAGACACCUGUUUCUUCAAAGAAAUCAAAGCGAAUGCCUGAGAUCGAUGAUGAUGAAGAUUGGUUUCCUGAAGAUCCUAUUGAAGCCUUUAAGGUUAUGCGAGAGGAGAGAAUGUUUGAUGUAUCAGACAUGUAUACCACCGCAGAUGCAUGGGGAUGGACAUGGGAAAGAGAAAUUAAGAAUAAGAUGCCACGUAAGUGGUCACAAGAAUGGGAGGUUGAGUUAGCUAUCAAGAUAAUGCAUAAGGUAAUAGAGCUGGGUGGUACUCCGACAAUUGGUGAUUGCGCCAUUAUAUUGCGUGCUGCUAUGAGAGCACCACUCCCAUCCGCUUUUAUACCAAUAUUGCAAACAACACACAAUCUAGGUUAUAAGUUCGGGAGCCCACUCUACGAUGAAGCAGUCCUGUUGUGCCUUGAUCUGGAGGAAAUCGAUGCAGCCAUUGCAGUAGUUGCGGAAAUGGAGACGAACGGAAUCAAGGUGCCUGACGAAACCUUGGACAAGGUGCUCGCAUCCAAACAGUCUGGAAACUCUGCGCUCCCACCAGCAACAGAGGAGUAAUCUGUUUGGACCUGGGAACAUUUUCUCAGCCCUCGCGUGAUCUGACACAAGACCAUCACUCAGCGCCAUACCGCGCAUGGCCCUGAGCUCCCCUGGGAAAAGAACAUCUUGUAUGGCAAUCCAUCAAUGAUGUAUGUCUGUAACGGCAAGUAGAGGAAAUAUGAAGUCGAUAGUUUGAUACCUGGCACAGUGGCAUGGUAUCUUCUAUUAGCAGGUUAUUUACAUGGCGAAAUGAAAUAGAAUGGCCAUUCGUUUCUUUUAAAGAUGUAACCGCUACUUCCUUUAUGAUCUGAACUCUAAUGCAAGAUUGGUUCAAGUAUUGCUGUAUUUCUAACCAAUAAAAUCGCGAUUCUGAAUGCAACUUCA